GGCAAAUCAAAACUGUAGGGGCCUAAUCAUCUAAAGAAGUACAACAUCCGGGGGGAAAUUGCUAAAAUUACCUAUCUUACCGGCUUUACCUAACGGCGUCGCAUUUCGGUCCCUCGCUUUCUCUUACCUCCAAAUUCGGAAAUUGCCUGUUGAGGAUUUCCAUCUAUCUGUAACCAGAAGCGAGGAAGAAGAUGAAGAUUGUGACGUACAACGUGAACGGGCUGCGGCCGCGGAUUGCCCAGUUCGGCUCUCUCUUCAAAUUGCUGAAUUCAUUGGACGCCGACGUCAUCUGCUUCCAGGAAACCAAGCUGCGACGGCAGGAAUUAACCGCCGACUUGGCGGAGGGCUACGAGUCCUUCUCCUGCACCGGCACCUCCGGAAGGGGCCGCACCGGGUGUGGCGACAUUUUGUCGUGCGAAGUGGGCGUUCUCGAGUGACGAAGUCGCUUUGCCGGAGGUGGCGGAGGAAUGCUUUACCGGGGUUCUUGACAGUGGAAAGGAAGAAAUGAUUGCGGUUGCGGAAGGGCUUGAGGAGUUUUCAAAAGAGGAGCUUUUGAAGGUUGAUGGCGAGGGGCAGUGUGUUAUCCCGGAUCAUGGGCAUUUUGUUCUCUUCAAUUUGUAUGGGCCUCGAGCUGGAUGUGAUGAUACUGAAAGGACGGAGUUUAAACUCAAGUUUUCAAGAUGUUAGAGGGGCAUGCUUACACCAAGAGCAGGACUUGCAAAGUCAUAAUUUUGUAACAUGCCAUGUCAAGGAGUGUUACAUAUUGACACAAUUUAAACGGUGGAAACCAGGAAAUUCUCUGAGAUGGAAGGGAGGGCAGAACAUCAAACUCGAAGACUCCGAUCAUGCUCCAGUUUACACAAGUUUACUGGAAAUUCCUAGUGUUUCCCAGCAUAGCACCCCAUCUUUAUCUGUUAGAUACAUUCCAAUGGUUGGUGGCCUCCAACAAACCAUGUAUCUUUGCUAAUGAAAAGACAAGCUGCGUAACAAGUUAGACAGAAAUAUCAUUCAAGAGAGUUUCAGUAAGGAAGAAAGAUGUUCACCUGACCAAUGAUGCACACCCGGUGCACCCAGCGGCAACUCCUGUUCUUUGAGCCAAAACUCCCAAGUGAUCAGUUGAAAAACAAAUGAGCAUUCAAGCGCUUUUGCUAUUGAGGCUACUUGUAACACUUUGGUAACUUUAGGUGGUCAACGUACAAAAACAAUGUGCAGCAGUGAAGCUAGGAAAAAAUCAAAAAGGAGUUCCCAACUCUCUUUGAGGUCAUUUUUUCAGAAAAGUUCUAUCAGUAGCAACAGUUUGAGCAAUAAUACUGGUAUUUCUACUAGUCAGAGAAAUGUUCCAGAUUCUAAUCAUCUCUCAAAUGAAACUCCAAUACCAGAAAGUCAAAGCGGCAGUCCCAAGCAGUAUGAACUGAACUCUAGUGUAUCAAAUCAAGAUCAGGAUGAAGUAGAUGUCUGCUCCUUGGACAAAGAGAAGAAUAAUUUUGCGUUAUUGGAGUGCCAAAGGUUACAGCAAGUCAUGUAGAAUAGCAUACCAGUUUGCAAGCGCCAUAGUGAACCUUGUGUUGCUCGGGUUGUGAGGAAGCGAGGUCCUAAUUUUGGACGCAGAUUCUCUGUCUGUGCGUGUGCUGAGGGACCUGCAUGUAAUCCAGAAGCAAAUUGUAAGUAUUUCUAAUGGGCUUCUUCGAAACCCCGACAGAAAUGACGGUGGUGAUCAGUGAUGCCAGGUAAUAAUCGAUGUCAUGCUUUUAGUUUCCAGCCUACCCUUCGAGACGAUGUAGGUUUGGAAAAUUUUGUAAUUGAAAUGAUUCUUUUUGAAAUAGAAGUCUCAGGCAUAAGCUCCUUUGUUGUAUUAUUUAGCUGUAUAACUUUAUUCAUUUUCUUGUUUAGUGAAUUGAUCGCCGUGCUGCACGAAAGAAAUAUGUUUCCAGAAUAUCAGAAUCUUAGUUUUAGGCGUAUGUGACGUGUGCCGUCCAUAUAUAUAUAUGAGAAGUUAAAGAGAAGAAGGUAGCUAGCAUCUUUCGAAAGAGAAAUUAUACGUUUCCUCGGUAUGUCAUUUAUCAACUAGUAAGAAGAGUCAUACAGCACGCACACAGAAGAAAAAAAUGUUCCAUGUAUUAAUGUAUUAUUCUUUCUUAUUCGUGGAUAACUUCCACAUAAAAAUACAAUCCUUGAUGUCACGAUCUUGUGUUUUUAUAAUCAAUUGGGAGCCGAAAUUCGAGUUU